CUGGAAUAAGGAUACCUUGUUCGCUUUUUAUUGGUAGCUGAACGCGAGUCCUUCCAUUCUUUCGGGAAUUCUGUCUCCACUGGUGUAUGGAAAUGUCUGAAAAACAGCAAGAUCAGGUUUAAGACAGCGGCUGUCCGCAGACAAAAGAAGGCGAAGGAUUUAUUCUUACAUAGAGGCUGCGUGGAAACAGGAAGUGAGAGGAAAGACCGCUUUAUGAUGAAUUGAUUCGCAGGUAAGCGAACUGCACGGCACAAAGCAACCUUUAACCACGGGUUAAUGCAAUGCAAGGAAAUAUAUUAGGCUUCAAUCCCAUCUGAGGAGGGCACGCUCGUGAAUGUGUUGGAUGUGGAGCUGCGCAUUUACGCUUAUCCAUUCAAAUUUCAUCGACACUGAACUUGUUUUUUUCUUCGUUUUUGAAAAAAAAUAAACGGCUCAGAAGAGGAAGAAGGAGUGAAACUUUUUUUUUUAUUUUUCUGUUUUUGACUCCUGGAUCGUAAAUCACAUUAAUUUGUUGUCUUAUCGUCACACUGGCGUUGCUGUGAUUUAUGUGGUUUCUACCAUAUGGCUUUGUUAGCCCGCAACAUUAUAUUAUACACAUAUAAAUUCAUGYGUGGGGAUUUACUGGACUAAAUGAAGAGUAACAUUACAGGGAAAUAACUCAGUUUUAUUUCUAAAUAAAUGGUGUUAAUAACCACUUAAAUUAUUACUAUUUUCCUUCUUUUUAAGAGCAAACAUCCGGUUUGAAUUUUUUUAUAUUUAAACAUUUUUGCUCACUUUCAUGUAACUGUUUUAAUUUGUGAAUAUUUUUAUCCCUCCUUUUGAGUGUUUAAUCUCAAGGCUUGAAAAUUUAAACAUUAAAUUUAUAGCAAUUAUGCUGCAAAAAUAAAUUGAGUAUUUUCCUCAGCAAACAGACAUCAUAUGAUUACUCUUUUUGGUGCCCUCAAAGAAAUAAUUGUGAAAUAUUUUAAUCUAAUCUCUAACAAUACGAGUUGUUUUAUAUAUAUGUAUAUUCUAAACAGAGUUUGAAGGCUUGAAGUCAUGCUGGAGGAACGACUCCGUGGGAUAAUAACCCUCCACUUUGAGUCCCGAGCCUUUGUGUGGACCAAACUCACCGUGACAGCGCGUAGGCGGAAAACACAGCGGUGUGAAAAGGGAAGCUUGUCUGCUACCAGAAUCUCAGUGUGCUCAACAGCAACUGGAGGCGCAGAUUAGCUCCUAAAUAAUCCACAUCACUCCAAAAAAAGAAACCUUAUAUAUAACGACCAAACAUCCUGAAAUACAAAGAAGAUAUUUUUUUACUCCGUUUGUGGGGGAAAAAAAUGAGAAAAAAAUCUAAGGUUUUGAUUUCUGUCCGUGGAGCGUCUCCUCUCACCUCUGCAGAGUUGAGUGGUCUGUUCUGGGUUGAGACUUUAAACUGAAGCUAAAAAGGGAAAAAAAGAAGAAGAAAAUGCUCGUUGUUCAUUAAACUUUGGCUUAAUGCAAAAUGACCUGCAGGUCACCUGAAAACAGCUUAUGGCUGCURGAUGCUCGGCCUGGCUCUUUGUGUGAAAGUGCACAUGUAGGACUUUUUAUUCAUUCUCAAGGAACUGAAAGCAACAUCUUUGGAAAAAAAAAACUCAGGAGGUCCUUGCAGAAAAAAAAUAUUUUUUUAAAAAGGGAUUUGUAUUGGAACAUUUUUUUCAGAGUAUAAUAUAAGAUGAAAAAUAUAUAAAUUCAAUAAUAGCAGGAAUGUGGUUAUUUAGGUUAAUAUUUUAAAUUCAGCUUCACAUUAGAGGUUUGUGAGGAAAAACGCAACAAAUGAAAAAAAAAACAUUUUAUUUACUUGUAUUUUUUAUUCUAGGUCGAGAUGGAGGCAGUGAUGAAUGUGUGAGGGAUAUAAAAAAGACCUGCACAGAUUUCGGUGGGGAGGUGAGUGAUGAGAAAAGCCCACCGGGACCAGCCUCCAAACGGGUCAGAACUGCGUACACUAGCGCGCAGCUCGUGGAGCUGGAGAAGGAGUUUCACUUUAAUCGCUACCUUUGUCGCCCUCGGAGGGUGGAGAUGGCCAAUCUGUUGAACCUCACCGAGCGCCAGAUAAAGAUCUGGUUUCAGAACAGGAGGAUGAAAUACAAAAAGGACCAGAAGUCCAAAGGGUUGGCACACUCCCCCAUGGGACACUCCCCGGACAGGAGCCCACCGCUGAGUGGACCGAACCACACCGGGUACGCGGGCCCGCUCCAAAACGUGAACAGCCUCAGCUAUGACGCGCCCUCGCCCCCGCCAUUCGCCAAACCCCAGCAGAACAUGUACGGCCUGGCCGCGUACACGGCGCCGCUGGGCGGCUGCAUCCCUCAACAGAAGCGCUACCCGGGCCCCGAGUACGAACACCACGGCAUGCAGAGCAACGGGGGCUUUGCCAACGCCAAUUUGCAAGGCAGCCCCGUUUACGUGGGUGGGAACUUUGUUGAUUCCAUGCCAGCCUCGGGCCCCAUGUUCAACCUCGGCCACCUUCCCCACCCCUCAUCCACCAGCGUGGACUACAGCUGCGCCGCUCAGAUCCCAGGAAAUCACCACCACGGACCGUGCGACCCCCACCCCACAUACACAGACCUCACCUCUCACCAAGUUUCUCAGGGAAGGAUUCAGGAAGCGCCUAAGCUCACGCAUUUGUAAUCUCGUUUCAUGUGAGCGUGGAUGCGUGUGUGCGCGCGCGCCUGCUGCGUGCACGUGUAUGUGUGUGUGUGUGCCAAAAUGACGUUGCGCUCUUUUUUUAUUACCUCACUAGUCUAUUAACUCCACUCCAAGCGAGUCGUGUGUAUUAUUACAGUAUUAUUGAUAUUACUAUUAAUGCUAUUGUGUAAUUAUUUUCUAAAAUAACGCAGCUUUUGUCCAUUUUCUCUUUAAAUAUCCAGAGAAGCGCAGAGGCACGAUAGUCUGGUUGUUGAUAGUUCUCUCCUCUUUUGUUUUGUUUGUUGUUUAUUCUCAAGUGCAAUGCGCAAUGUUUGACUAUUUCAGCUGACUUGAAGGUAAGUCUUGUAGAUCACAAACGUAGAAGCUCAACCUUAUAGAGCAGAGAAGGACGUUUUUGAAGAAUAUUUUUUUUGCGUCUGUUUGUUCUAGAAUCUCACCCCCCCUUCCCUCCACCCCUUAUUUAUUAAAUUUUGCAUAAUCUCUCGCACUAUAUCAUAUUUAUUAAUUCAUCCAUUGCUUUUGUAUUGCACAUUAUUUAUCAUUUAUGUAUGCGAGUAUUUAUAAGAAGGGAAUUUUUGUUGCGUUAAGGUAGAUUGCAGUGCACUUGAUGGCAAAACAGGGUUUAGAAAUGCUGCAAUUAUUUGGAGAGAAAUAAUAAUAAUAAUAAUAAU